CCAUCGGGGCCUCCAUUGCAUAUCCAAGUGUUCCCAUUGAGCGCCCGAUCACUGGCCGUAACGUUUAGUCCGCCGACACUCGAGACCCGUAACGGCCGUAUAGUUGGCUAUUAUUUAGGCUAUAAAGCGCUGGAUAUGGACUCGAAUUACAUGUUUAAAAAGUUGUCGAUAAAUGAGUUGUCAAACGCUGGGAACCAACAAAACGAAGUGAACAUCACAUCCCUGUCCGCCAACACUAAGUACGCGAUUGUCGUCCAGGCGUUCAACAGUAAGGGAACGGGACCCCAAUCUGAAGAGGUCUACGGCCAGACACUAGUGAUGGACAGGCCGUCGGCGCCCCUACUAUCUCAGGGGGACGUCGGGUACGACUGGAUUGAGAUCGUGUGGACCUUUGCCUCUGAGGCUAACCUAACGGCAGCUUUGAGUCAAAUCAACGGCUAUUAUGUGUUUUCCAAAAGCCAUUCAUCCGUUUGGAUGGAGAGACAGAUCCGCAUCAAAACCAACGCCUAUACCAGUAAUGAUCUGCUCUGCGGGACAUUAUAUCAGUUUUAUGUGGUGGCAUAUAAUGCGAUGGGAAAGGGAGACGCCAGCGAUUCAAUCGCCAUUAAAACUAAAGGAUCAGCACCUGUACCCCCAAAACAUGUGAAUGAAUUCCUUGUGGUGAACACAACGUGGGCGCACAUCCAACUCGACGCCUGGCAUUCAAACGGCUGUCCCAUCAAAGAGUUUCUCAUACGAUAUCGAGUGACUAAAUACGAGACCGAGUGGUCAGAAGUGUCGGCACAGGUCUGGCCUCAGGAGUCGAGCAUUGAACUGCUGGGGCUGAGCCCCGGGCACUGGUAUCAGCUCUACAUUAAAGCUGUCAACGAGGCCGGAGCCGGUGAACAGACCUAUCAUUUUGCUACGCUUACAGCUCAGGGAGGUACAGUAUCGCCGCUAUCGGAAAGGGAGCCCCCAUUAGGGGGGUUGGAGUCGAUCACAAUUGUGAUACCUGUGAUAUGUUCGGUGAUUGUGCUCACAGUUAUACUCGCCAUCGGACUCAUAGUCAUC